UUUACCAGUUACACGCAGAAUCAGUACACACGAUAGCAGCUGUCAACUAGAGGGUUAACCAGUUUUACGGAGGGUCAGUGACAAAGUGCACAGGGUCAGCAUUAGCAUUAAAUCUGCACUAUGCAUCACCAGGCGACCGAACACGCCCAUAACAUUUUUAACGCUUGUUUAUUGGACGGUAUUGGUGAGUCGCCGCUUUCUGAUUGGUCAUUGGCGCUAUAGGUUCUAAGAGGGAAUUUAAAAAAAAUAGUUGACGGUAUUUGGCGCUCGGUGAUUUCAGACCCCGGGAACAGCGCAGGAAAGUCAAGGAACCUGGAGUACGAAUGACCCCCGGGGGCUUUACUGUCACAUAACAUCUCUAGGGACAACAGAGGAGCGAUUGGUGAUAUCGGUGCUCGCACUGCCCGGGGUUACUGGUGAAAAUAUUAAUCUGCUGCUGCACACAAUCAAAUUAACUUAUAAUAAUUUGCAGAAAUGGAGGAUGACCAGAAGGAAAAUAAUGGAUUUAUGUCAAAUAAAAGAGUGAUCAGAUCUCCCAGCCGACAGUCCCCAUUUUCACACUCGGUAUUAGGAGAGAUCCAGCAGGCAGUCACCAAUGUUACAACUCCAACAAAGCUUAUUGAUGCCGCCGAGUCAGAUCCGUGGACCCCAACGGCUAACCUUAAAAUGCUGAUCAGUGCUGCCAGCCCUGAGAUCAGAAACCGGGAGCGAGGAAUAUUAGAGGAGCAACUUUCUGGUGAUGAAUUUGAGAAGACGCUACCUAGCCGUAAAGAAAAGAGUUUAGGAUUGCUGUGCCAUAAAUUUCUUGCUCGGUAUCCAAUGUACCCAAAUCCCGCAUUGAACAACAGUAUUUGUUUAGAUGAAGUGGCUGAAGAGCUACAUGUGGAACGUAGACGUAUAUAUGACAUUGUGAAUGUGUUGGAGAGUCUACACAUGGUUAGUCGUUUAGCCAAAAACAAAUACAUCUGGCAUGGGCGUCGAAAUCUCAAUAAGACUUUUGAUGCAUUGAAAAAAGUUGGUGAAGAUAACAAGUAUGCCGAGCAAAUUGGGCUUAUCAGAAAGAGAGAACCGGAGGAAUCCGAUACGUGUGAGGAUUCGAGUAGCGGUAACUCCACGCCAAGGUCUCUUGUUAAACCGACAGAUGUUGGAUUUGUGGAACUCCCUGGACUGGAGUUUAGAGCAGCAUCUGUAAACAGUAGAAAUGAAAAGUCUCUGAGAGUAAUGAGUCAAAGGUUUGUGAUGCUGUUUCUUGUAUCAAAACCUCAGAUUGUGAGCUUGGAGGUUGCUGCUAAAAUGUUAAUUGGAGAGGACCAGCUAGAGGAUGUUGAUAAAAGCAAAUUUAAAACAAAAAUUAGACGUCUGUAUGAUAUUGCGAACGUCCUGAGCAGUCUUGAUCUCAUAAAGAAAGUUCAUGUAACGGAAGAAAAAGGUCGCAAACCAGCAUUCCAGUGGAUUGGACCAGAGUCCUUUGCAGAUGAAAACGAAACAAAGCACUUAUCCAGCCCGACUUACCAGACACCUCUAGCUAUUGACCUGAGAUCCCCAAAAGAGCAGUGUGUUAAAAAUCUCUUUGCUCCCCGAGGAAAGCAGAACUUUACUCGCCAUCCGUCUCUUAUAAAAUUAGCGAAAAGCAUUGAGAAUGACAGAAGGAAAAUUAACUCCGCUCCCGCAAGUCCUGUAAAGACAAUUGACGAUAACCAAAAUGAAACUGUAGUUCCCAGCAAAAUGUCUCAGCUUGCAGCCAUAUGUAAGAAGCAGCUUGAGGAUUCAAAACAUACAACUAAGAUUAAACUAAAGAUGUCAAGAGACGGCAAGCACAAGGUUGUUGCAAAACCUGCAAUAAAUUUAGAGAACAAUCAAAGGUCACCUUGCUUGAGCCCAUCUCUGCCACAAACACACGGUUAUAUUCCUAUUUGCCAAGCAAUACCCAUACUGCACCAUCAGUCAAGUUUGGCUCCUUCGUACGCAGUCUAUUUACAACCCACCCAAGGAAGAACUCCACCUUCACAAAGCCCCAGCGCUCAAGGUCACAAUGUUCCCUGCGCUGAUGACUGUGGCAACAAAAAUGUGCUAGAAGUUGAGUUAGAUAAGAACGUGUCACAAGAUGCUGUGACUAAAGGUGGAAGCAUGACAUGGACGGAGGAUCGUCUCGCUGAGAAUGAAACUGUGUCAGACAAAUCCCCCAAAAGACUUUCUGAUCCUGGCAAUAACUGUACCACUAAACGCAUAAAACCCUCUCAAGAGAAGAUGGAGCCUUUCCCUGAGAAUCUCUAUCCGUCUGGCUAUCUAAUACCAUUACAGUUUGCCUCACUUGGCAAUGAUAAUGGUAAAAACCACGCUGGCUCCUCCCCCGAGCAGAAUAUUUUUACUUCUCCUAUUACAGGAAUGAUUCCUGUUAACGCCUCUGAUAUGUCAACCUUCCCAUCACUUCGUGUAACGCCUCUAAAGUUAAUGUUUUCUCCUGGUUCCUUAACAACUGUUCCCGGGGUCAGUCAGUCCAACCAGCCUGGGAUUCUGUCUCCUUGUAUAUCCUCUCAAAGCCCCAGUCAAACGAUGCUGAGCUUCACUCUCCAAAACAGAGAGUUGAUCACACACAACACACCGCAUUCUGUUAGUGUUUCUCCAAUAAGUGAGCGUUCUGCCGAAGAGCUACAGGUGGCCUCUGUGUUAAACAUUAAACACUUAUCGCCUGUUUCAUAUAACGGGCAAGCAUUAACACUAUUCUCUCUGCAACAGCCAGGUGUUCCUUUGACACCAAAAGGAUCUCAAGAGUUCCAAGAAAGCUUCUUCCGCACCCCUGGGGGUCUGACGUCACCUGCUGCUUGUAAUAAUGAUCCCCAAGGAUCAAUACUUGUUUCACAAAGGAAGCUUGAUGUAGGGCCGGAUGACACUUUAUAACUGAUAGUCUAGCCAGGACUAUUGUAUUGUUGGUACCUUGAUUUGUGUAUCAUAAGUAAAUCAGAGCAUGGCUGCCUUAUGAACUGUUACCCUAAUAUGGCAUCUUUAUUACUGCAAAAUAUAUUUAUGAAUGUUCUAACUUUUUAUAGGCAGGUUUUGUUUUUUAAUUAUUUUUUUUUUUAUAUAUUGAAAUUGGCAAAACAAUCUCAGCUGUAGCCGUACAGAAAUAAUUUGGUUUAUUUUAUGUGCAAAUCUGCGCAAAUUGUAUUUCUUACAAUUAUCUAGAACAGGUUUUAGCCAAUUCAUUAAAUUCUCCUUUACUAUGAAAAAAAACAUAUUUUUUUGUUUGUUUUUAAAUAAUAAAUACAUUUUCCUAAAAUCUGGAAAAUUAUCAAGUAGGUUUUCGAACCUGAUAUCCUAAAAAAGGGCAGAUAUGCCGAUUAAUACUUGAAUAAUGACUUAUCUUUUUGUUUCUAAAAAGCAUUACUAUUCAUAACAUAGUCGUGUCUAUAAUGAAAGCUCCACAUCACGUUCACAUUGUUUACUUAAAAUGGAAACAAUUAUUUUUGUAUAUAUCUGCACACUGUACUUAUGUAUUUUGCACAAUGAAAUACUGUGAUGUAUUAUACUGAAGUAGGAAUAUUGAUGAAAUCGAAUUUGUAUAAUUUUCUACUUUUUUUUUCUUUCUUUCAGUAAAGCUGUUUUUAUAGCUUUAUAACAAUUAAAUCAAGGAUGACAAGCUUGAAUUAUUUAUGUAAUGUAUUGUAAAUCAAAUUAAAUGUUUGCAAAAUUAA